CGAUAACCCAAAACAAUAACAGUAAGACCAGGAUACUUCCGCCAAAAUUUACAAAACUCAGGUCUCGAUAUUCUCCGAGUACUAUCAUAUCCUGUUUCAGGUGCCACGAACGCAAGUACAGCCCCUUCAAACUUUAGAUUUUAGGUUGUUUACGUCAGCCUUCCCCGCUAUUUCUUGUAUCACGUUCCAAUUGAAUCAACACCAGCUCUACAAAACCUCACGAUGAAUGACGCAGGUCUUCCAGCGGGGUGGGAAGUAAGGCACUCGACCUCCAAGAACCUGCCAUACUACUUCAACGCCUCGCAGCAGGUAUCACGAUGGGAGCCACCGCAGGGAACCGAUACCGACAAAUUGAAGAACUAUAUGGCUAGGAAUCACAGCGCAUCGGAGAUCAAGCCAGAGCCUUCUGCUGCCAACGGAAACGAGGGCAAGAUUCGUGCGGCGCAUCUACUGGUGAAGCACAAGGAUAGCAGGCGACCAAGCAGUUGGCGCGAGGCCGAUAUUACUCGCACAAAGGAGGAGGCAAUGACCAUCAUUCUGGCUCAUGAGCAGAGAAUCAGAAGCGGACAGACCACUCUGGGAAACCUUUCUGUGAGCGAGUCCGACUGCAGCAGUGCACGCAAGAUGGGAGAUCUGGGCUAUUUCGGCAAGGGCGACAUGCAGAAGGAGUUUGAGGAUGCUGCAUUCAACCUGAAGCCUGGUGAGAUCAGUCACGUUGUCGAGACCGCGUCAGGAUUGCAUUUGAUUGAGAGGAUCGAGUAAAUACUGCAGUUACCUAUGGUAUUUUGCCAGUAGCUGGGAGCAGUUAAUAGCAUUGUAGUCUUCGGAUCUGGAGGUGAUGAUGCUGGAUAUUUGGAGAAGAGGGGUGU